AUGGCCUGUGCUGUGCCUCCCCGUACCUCCCCUUAACAGUACGUGAGCAGACGCUGGUGUGUGCGAACCGCGUUGAGGAGCUCCCGUUGUACAGGAUUUCACCUCCCGUUUGUUUGUGUUCUGAGCAACAUGCCAGAGGAGGCAGACAGCGCGGAAGCCAGCCAGACGGCUCAGGUAACGCUGACGGAGGCGGAUGUGCGGAGGGCCCUGACGACAGACAAAGGGCCCGACGCGGACCUCACAUCCUGGAGCACGAAGCCGGCGACGAAGAAGGGAGACAACUACAUCAGCGCCUUGACGGGGGUCCAGGUCGUCUACUCGCAGGAGGGGGAGCGGCGGGAGGCGUCGUACAUCGUGAAGCUGAAGCAGGACCAAGGGGGCAGCGGGAAAUACCAGAUGAACAGGAUGGUGUACGGGUCCGAGGGGGGAUUCUACACCCGCCUGCUGCCCCGACUCAACCACGCGCUGGAGACGGCGGGGAUCGACGCGCUGAGGGUGCCCGGGUGCCCUCACGUCUCCUGGGGCGAAGGGGACAAGCAGCUUUUCCUGGAGGACCUCAGGCCUCGGGGAUUCACAGUGCACGACCGCAGGAAGGGCAUGGACGAACGACACACCUACCUCGUCCUGCACGAACUGGCCAAGCUCCACGCCGCGUCCUUCCUGCUGCAGCGAGACUCCCCCGAGGAGGACUUGGCCGCGACCUACGAUUUCCUGACGUGGGAGUGGUACAACUUCUCCGACAUCACCAAGAAGACGUUCGACAGCGUCCUUUCGGGGGGGAUGUUUACCGCCUCCCGCCUCGCCAGGAAGAUCGGCAACGAGCAGGUGGCGAGCUGGUUCGAGACGCUGGCGCCGACGGGGGUGGAGUGCCUGCGGGAACAGCUCGAGCCCAGCGCCCCCUUCAACGUCGUCGGCCACGGCGACUGCUGGGUCAAUAACCUACUUUUCAGGUACGACUCGAAAGGUCACCCUCAAGAGAUCAUGCUCCUCGACUUCCAGUUCUGCCGACGCUCCUCCCUCGCCGUCGACCUCUCCUACUUCCUCUUCACCAGCCUGACGGGCGACGUCAGGAACAAACACCUCGACCAGUUCCUCUCCUUCUACUACGACGCCUUCGCCAGGAUCGUGGCCGCGGGAGGAGCGAGGGUCCCCUUCUCCUUGGAGGACGUGAGACUCGAGUUUCGAAGGAAGAAGCUCUUGGGUCUGAUCUUCGGGGCGCUCAUGAUGCCCGCCCUCGUCUGCGCUGACGACGAGGUGCAGGAGCUGGACGUCACCUCGAGCGCCGCCGCGAAGAACUACGUGGAGGUGAAACGCCAGAACUCCCUCUCGAUGCUCGAGAAGAACCCGCUGCUGGAGCCCCGGCUGGUCGACCUGUACGCUGAUAUUGUGGCGUUUAUUGAGCAGAAGUAGCAGUGUAUUGUCUACGUAUGAUUAUCAUUAUUAUUAGUAGUAGUAUUAAUUAUUUAUUGUUAUUAUUAUUAUCGUUGUCAUCAUUAUUACUAUUGUUAUUAUUAUUAUUGUUAUUAUUAACAGCAUUAUUAUUGUUGUUGUUGUUAUUAUUAUUAUUAUUAUUAUUAUUAUCAUUAUUAUUAUUAUUAUUGUUGUUGUUGUUGUUGUUGUUGUUGUUGUUAUAAUAUUAUUAUUAUGAUUAUUAUUUUUUUUUAUUAUUACUUUUACUACUAUUAUUAUUAUUAUUAUCAUAAUCAUCAUCAUCAUUAUUAACAUUAUUGUUAUUAUCAGUAGUUCUAAUACUAUUAGCAUUACCAUUAUUAUUAUCAUCAUUAUAAUUAUUACAAUUAUUAUUAUUUUUAUCAUCAUCAUUACUAUAAUCAUCAUCAUCUUUAUCAUUAUCAUUAUUGUUAUCAUCAUUAUUAAUAUUUUAAUAGACUCAUAUGCAAAAAUUAAUUCGCAACGUACGAUUAUGAAAUGUCUGAAAAACGCACAGAUUUAUGAUUCCCUUUAUAUUGACUGCAUUUCCUUUCAUCUUUGUACACACAUUACUUCGUUUGUCUUCAUGUAUGUGUCUAAAGGGUGAAGAAAAAAAUAAUAAAAGUAAACCUGAAGCCAUUUCGGGUUAGUUAUAAAGGUUAUAUUAAUAAAAAAAAAAAUAAAGAUGAGAU